AUGUCGUGCGUCCGCUACAAGUUCUCCUCCAAACUGAGCGGCAAUACGGUCACCUUCCAUGGUUCCCACAUCUCCCUGGGCGACCUCAAGCACCAGAUCAUGAGCCGUGAGAAGCUGAAGGCGACCAGCUGUGACCUGCAGAUCAGCAACGCCCAGA